AUGGCCAACCUCUUCCGCCGCAUCUACGACUGGCUGCUCCGCCUGUUCUGGGCAACCGAGAUGGACAUCACCAUGAUUGGGUUGCAAAACGCUGGCAAGACUUCGCUCCUGAGGGUUCUGGCGGGCGGAGAGUUCACUGUAGACUCCAUCCCCACCGUUGGCUUCAACAUGAAGCGCGUCCAGAAGGGCCAUGUCACCUUGAAGUGUUGGGAUCUGGGAGGCCAGCCUAGGUUUCGUUCCAUGUGGGAGCGGUACUGCCGCGGGGUAAACGCUAUUGUGUACGUGUUCAUUGUCGACUCGGCGGACAAGGAGGCGCUGCCCGUUGCCGGCGAGGAGCUCAAGCUGCUGCUGGAGAAGCCGGCGCUCGAGGGCAUUCCGCUUCUGGUGCUGGGCAACAAGUCGGACUUGCCCAACAAGCUUUCGGUCGACGAGCUGAUUGAGGCGCUGGACCUCAAGUCGGUGUCGCACCGGGAAGUGAGCUGCUACGGCAUCAGCGCAAAGGAAGAAACCAAUCUCGACGCCGUUCUCCAGUGGUUGAUUGCCCGGGCCAGCAAAUGA